AUGAGUUUGAUUAAAUUUUUCAUCCUCAGUCUUUUCAUCGUCACAGCAAUCGCUCAAGUUACUAUCCCCAUUUUACCUGAUGGAACCAAGAGUUAUACGGUUACUGGCGGAAAUGGUGCAAAGAUUUUUGUAGAAGAAAAAGGAGAUCCAACGAAAGUCACAUUGUUAUUCUGCGCUCCGAUAAUGUCAAACCGUCUUAGCUGGGAGGUGCAAUUUACUGAUUCAUCGCUUAAUCAGAAUUUUCAUCUUGUUAGAUAUGAUUAUCGAGGAGUCGGUAGAAGCGAUAAACCAGCUGACCUUAAUGCCUAUAGUACCGACUUACAUGUCUUAGACCUUAAUGCCGUAAUCGAUAGUGUAAAAUCCGAUAAAAUAGUUUUAGUUGGUGCGUCGUUUGGAGCGUUGGUUUCCAUUGGAUCUAUGAAAACUAAGAAAGUUGAUGGAUUUAUAUCGGUUUCCGGAAUUUACAAUGGCAACAUUCCAUUUUUCACUAAUGCUACCGCUCCAUCGGACGUCUAUCAAACAGCCAUUGAUACAUAUACUCUAGGCUUUUCCUUUCUCACUGCCAAACCUCUGUCCGAUCAGUUCUCUCAAUAUUUGCUUGGUCAAAUUGGUCAAUUGAGUCCCUAUUAUCGUCAUUCGACAAGUCCCAUUCCCGAUUUUAGCAACACUUUUAAAAGUUUAAAUAUUCAAACAUUAUUUCUCAUCGGUGAUCAAGAUCUCAUAGUUCCAGCUAGCUACAGUCAAUCGUUUGUAGACCUUGCGAAAAAAGGACAAAAGACUGUUUACACUGGCGUUGGGCAUUCACCACAAUGGGAAAACUAUCAAACUUUUAACAAAGACAUUAGUGAUUUCGCUA